CGAGGUCCCUGGCACUGACGUGGCCGCCGGGAGCCGCCAUCUUGUGUGCCUGGGCGCAGGGAGGGAGGGAAGGAAGGAAGGGAAGGAGAAGAAGCAGAGAGGAGAGGAAGGGAGAGGACACGGAAAGGAAAAACCGCGCAGGAAGGAGCAGCAGGCCGGCGAGCAGCGAGGAGGAAGGGUUUCUUUGGCCAGUGAGUGAAUACCAGACUUGACCAUGGGGAAUAUUUUUGCUAAUCUCUUCAAAGGCCUUUUUGGCAAAAAAGAAAUGCGUAUACUUAUGGUUGGACUGGAUGCUGCAGGAAAGACAACUAUAUUAUACAAACUUAAACUCGGUGAAAUAGUAACUACCAUCCCUACUAUAGGUUUCAAUGUAGAAACAGUAGAAUACAAGAACAUUAGCUUCACGGUGUGGGAUGUAGGUGGCCAGGAUAAGAUCAGACCACUUUGGCGCCAUUAUUUCCAGAACACACAAGGUUUGAUCUUUGUGGUCGAUAGUAAUGACAGAGAGAGAGUCAAUGAGGCCCGAGAAGAACUUAUGAGGAUGUUGGCGGAGGAUGAGCUCAGAGACGCUGUCCUUUUAGUGUUUGCUAACAAACAGGACCUGCCGAAUGCCAUGAAUGCAGCAGAAAUCACAGACAAACUAGGACUGCAUUCUCUUCGCCACAGGAACUGGUACAUCCAGGCCACCUGUGCCACUAGCGGAGACGGUCUCUAUGAAGGACUGGACUGGUUGUCCAAUCAGCUCCGAAACCAGAAAUGAAGCCCUGAAGAUUCUCCUCUCUCUUCCCUCUUUUCUCCACCCCUCCUUUCCUUUUCCUCCUCCUCCUCCUCCUCCUCCUCUUCUUCCCUUCGCUUUAUUCUGAUGUGGCAAACCAUGCUACUUUGUGGUAUUGAGUGCCGGAAGCUGUUUUCAUUUCUCUCUUGUCACAGGAUGUCCUUCACCAUGCUGUACAUGUGGCAGAUCCAAGCCUGAAAACAGUUUAGGUUUCUUAUUUAAUGUAAAUAGUCCUUGUUUCAAAUGAUACAGUUUCUGGUACUCCUAUGCAAUAUUACUCAGCUUUUUUAUUAUUGAGAGAAAUCGACUCGCUGUUUAGUACUGGGAAAGGGGUUCGAAAAUGGGUUUGGAGAUGAGCGGCCGGCGACCUGGUCGUACACGAGUUGAACGCGAUUGAUCCCUCUUGGCUUUGCGGAGGCCAGGCUCGGUGGCUCUUUUUGAGCCUGGAGGUGUCAGUAAUAAAAUAAUAUUGUUUGGGGGGCCGGGGAAGAAAAGCUGAAACACUUGAACAAGCUUAUCCAUUAGAAGUUCUGCAACGACUUGAAUACCAGCAAUUUAACAUGUUACGGAUCCUAGAACGAGCAGCGUUCUGGAUCUUUCUGUGCUUGCCGACCCCUUUUUGUGUUUCCAUGUUAGGCCCUCGUAAGUUCAGAGUUCUGUUUAGGCUUAGAGAAGAUGUUGCACCCCAAACAAACACUGUCGCCCUCCGGCUCGUUCUUAGAUUUGGGUUUGAUUCCCUUGCGCCUUGAUUGGAAGCCAGGUGUGUCCUGUUUGGUUCCCUAUCCCCACUCUACACAAACAGGGAUCCCUUUCUCCCCCAAAAUAAAACAAAAAAAGUAAGUGUUUUGGCCUUCGUUGCGUAGAACUCCUCCAGGAAGCAAAUUCUGUCCACAGAGAGCACAGCCGCCCAUUUUGUGUUUUUCAGCUCUGCCAUCAGCAAGUACUGUACGCAAGUAAGAAAUGCCAUCCAAGCCAUCUAACCGUAGCAUCUAGGGGAAAAAUACAACUAUAAAAGCAUGAGUGUUUGGAGUCCCAUUCCAUUUUAGAAGUGUCCGAGGCCAUUUUUUCUUUCUUUCUUUGGAACAAUCCUACAUCUGUAUACGUGUGGAAACCCUUCACAUCUCUCAUACUGCAAGGUUCAGAUUUGCCAUCGAGAAAGACCUCUUAACUUUUUUUUUCUUUUGUAUUUUGAUAAAAAAAAAACACUGAAGAAGCUGGAGCUGUUUAAACUUUAACUUGAGGAACUAUCAGAACUGGUUUGUUUAGUGUUGUGGAAAACAAAUCUCUUUAUUUGCUUUCAAUACACAGUAAUCGACUGUUUUGUAUACUUGUUUUCAGUUUUCAUUUCGACAAACAAGCACUGUAAUUAAAGCUAUUAGAAUAAAAAUCUCUUAACUAUU